UGGCGCAAGAAAUAAGUUAAUGGUUUAGUGUACGAAAACUGUCAUAUUCUAAUGUUUGUAAUAAGUUUUAUGCAACAAAUAACCAGUUUAUGUAGCUUGUGGCUAACUGCUAAAAAUUAAAGUCUUUGAGCUCUGGAUUUUCUGUGAUAUGGUGUAAAGGGCGUGUUUGAAAGAAGAAUAUAAUGAUCCAAGAAAAGGGUCAGAAGAAAGAGUAUCAUUUACCGACCACCGAUGGAUCACCGGCGGCGAGGAAGAAGAGAAAAUGUGAUUUGGUGUCUUAUCAAGAAUUGCCAGAAUAUAUGAAAGACAAUGAAUUUAUUCUGAAUUACUACAGAGCCGAAUGGCCCCUUAAACAAGCCCUCUUCAGCAUUUUUAGGUGGCACAAUGAAACUCUCAACAUUUGGACGCAUUUGAUUGGUUUUGCUCUGAUUUUGGUACUAAUUGUGGCAAAUUCUUCCCAUUUAUAUCAGUUAGCUGAUUUCAUGACAGUGGUCUUAAGGAACUUCCCUGCUGGUUCAGUGGCCAAGAUUUCUAGGAAUACAAAGGAUAUUUUGCAGGAAUGAUCCCUUUUUUCUUUUGUUUGUUUUCGAUUUCUUUUGAAAUCGUAAAUUGAAACUGAUACGUCAUCGGAUAGUUAUUUUUUCAAGUUUUGUUAUUAGAUGUUGUGUCAAAUAAGAUUUUAGUAUUACUAUUAAGGUAUUAAGAUGUAACCUCAAGUCUUGAUAAUAUUGAACUACUCUGACUAAGCACUAGGCCUAUAUGUCCCUAUUUAUAUGGCGAGUUAUACAACAUUGUCUCUUUUUGCUAUUGUGCAGGGAGUGCCAACUCGAAUGGUUGAUUGGAUGAUGACAGGUAAAGAAUCACAAAUGGUCAUAAAAACAGGAGAGAUGAGUGCUGCAUCAACAUGGCCAUUGUACGUCUUCUUAGCGGGUUCAGUGUUCUGUUUCCUAUCAAGCAGCAUAUGCCACCUCUUCUGUUGCCACUCCCAACCCAUGAACCUUGUACUGACCCAAAUGGACUAUGUAGGAAUAGCCGUCAUGAUAUUCACCUCCUACUUCCCUCCCAUGUACUACAUCUUCCAAUGCUCCCCACCCUGGCACAUCGUCUACCUAACCGGGACCUCCAUCAUUGGCAUAUGCAUUACCCUCACUCUCUUAACUCCCGCGUUUGCAAGGGGUAAAUAUAGGUCAUUUCGGGCCUGUUUAUUCAUUGCCAUGGGGCUAUUUGGGCUGAUUCCCGCUAUCCACGCUCUGGUUGUAUACUGGAGCGACCCUUACAGGAAUGUGAUGCUGGCUUACGAGGGAGCCAUGGCUUUGUUUUACAUCAUUGGGGCGAUGUUCUAUGUGAGCAGAAUUCCAGAGAGAUGGAAACCCGGGGCGUUUGAUUUAGUUGGGCAGAGUCACCAGAUCUUCCAUGUGUUUGUCAUCUUUGGUGCUUUGGCACAUUACGGUGCGGCGCGCGUUUUCUUGGAGUAUCGCAGCAGGCUCGGUUGCCAUCGAGGUGAUUAACAAACGGGGAUCCACACUUAAACUGUUUGCCGCAUCAGUUGAGGGAAAUGCUCACUGUAUUUAAUACUGAUAGCAUUUUUUGUUCCUAAACUGAGAGAACACUGUAUGUGUGAGCAUGCAAAAACAAAAUGUUGUUAGUUUUCAAGGAGGUUAGAAAAACUAAAACUGGUGGUUAGAAGUUGUCAUACUUAUUCUUGCAGUCUUUCAUUGAAUUCGUGCUUCAACAUCAACUAAAAUAUACUCCUAAGAAUUAAUUCCAUUUUUGGUCCUACGAGUUUUGUGUCAAUUUCACUUUUAAU